UUCCAUUCGAUUCUCGUUUACGCGCGUUUUUAUUUAUCACGUGUGCGUUGUGCUCGUCGACACCGCCAGCCAUAGAGCUACUCGAGACUCGACGGCUUUAUUGAUUUCUACUUUCUUUGUCUGCGUUUGCGCCAUAUUCGCAUUUCGCGUCUCUCGGCUCUCCGUGAUUGCCGUUGUUCUGACUUCUGAACGACAUCCGAUGACAUCCGUGAACACCGUUCGUUGAAUAAUUAUCAACUCGAUAUUAUUUAUAUUUGUUAUUUAAUUGUGACGUUCGACGCUCAGCCUCUUUUUGCCGUUUUUUGCGGUUUUCUUCAAAAGCCAUCGCCGCAGACAGCAAUGUUAAAAUAGUUUCAUCGAACAACGUGUUUUGCCCAUCCACCUGCCUUUCAACACUCACACCGUUACCGCCGAUUAUCAAGAGACCGGCGACMGAUACUUCCGAAAAUGGCUUCCAACGUCAACGUCACAUCAAACAGUGAAAUAAGUGUUAAAAAUGAAAGUGGUGAUACUGAAAUCAAUGCAAUGGCUCUUAAAUUGAAAGAUAGUUAUCGGAAAAAGGCUUUAACUGCAGUAAAACAAGCAAAUGCUUCUCCAGCUAAGGUUUAUUCAAACACAGCUAAUAGAACACUAACUUCAGCUAUUAAACCAAUCACAACUAAUACACAAACAAAUAAGCAAGAAAAAUUAAUUAAAAAUUAUGAAGAUGUAGAAAGUAGAAAAGCUAGAUUUGCUUGGGAAUCAAUCGCAAGAUGCUAUGUACCAUAUAUCAUACGUUUAAUUAAUGGUGAACAUUUAAAGUUUAUAUCUACACGGAUGGCUGAGACACAUCUUCUUUGCAAUUAUUUACAUUAUUUACAUUCAGAUAUUUAUUCGUCAUGUACAUCAGUGAAGUGUUAUUUUAUCACUGAAUCAGAAGCAAAGAUAUUAAAUGACAUCAAUUAUAACUAUACUGAUUGUGUGUAUGGAAAAGAAAUGUUCUAUGCUGGAAAAGAUUCUAUUGCUCGUUUAGAAGAUGUGCAUGCAUUUUAUACAUUCAUAGAAAUAUGUUAUAAAAAAUUACUGUGCAAUAUCCCUCCCGAUCACAAUACAAUAUGUGGUUUUAUACGUAUCAACUCUGAAUCUGUUGUACCAUACUGUAUUCAAGAUAAUCAAAAAUAUGUUCCACUUUUCUACUUCGAAGGCGAAACCGAAAACUUAAUUAACCAAGCUAUAAAAUUAGAAAAUUGGGACUUGUCGUAUCUCAAGUUUUGUUGUAAAGUUCAGGGUAUCAAAGAUGAGUUAUAUGCUAAUGACUCUUGCUUAGUGGUCCGUCUUGAUGCUAUCAAGAAUUACUUUCCACCAAAUACAAAUUUUGAAGAAUAUUGGCCAGCUAAGGUGGUUAAUAUACAUCUUCUACUUAAUCAGAAUUCUGCCCAKUUUAGUCCAUCUGGUGCCUGGCUCAAGGCACCCCCUGAAAUAGCACUUGCUAAAAAUGCUAUUCCUAUAAUUGCACCUACACCAAAUAUACCUCAGAGUAUGUCAGUAAUGAACACCUAUCAUAACGAAUGGCCAGUAAAUCAAAUGGUUUAUUCGCACAACACUCAGACCCAACUGCCAGCAACAACUCGUGGCUUCUCUAAUACAACUAGAAAUCAAAAUAUGACUGCCCAGUGUUAUAAUGAGGGUUCAACAAUGUCUCAAGACAAUAAUUGGAUGACCAAUAUUAGUCAUGGUGUACUACCACCGACUCAGCUAGCCGGUAGAACGACGCCAGUAAUUGGAAAUACUGUCUCAUACCCCAAUGUACCUAUUAGACAAUGCAUGACAACUGUAUACCAUCCAAUGACCAAUAGCAAUGUGGUGUCACACUUAAAUCAAAAUCGACAAUUAUACAGUCAGCGUGCUAUUAACAAUAUCCAAACCCAUCAACAGAUACAACAGCAGCAACAACAAAAUCAUUUAAUUACCACUCCUCAAACUCAGCAGUUAUAUAGUGGUCAACAUGUGUAUAGUCGUUUCAGCAACACUCAACAGCGCAACGCCUUGAGGAAUGUUGGCCCCGUUGUAAUCACUUCAGCCUCUGAAGUCAUUGAUUUAUCAACUCCACCAUCUAGCCCAAUUCCUUCAACUGUACAUGAGACUUUUCUACGUGCUAAUGUUGGAUUAGAAUCGACAAGAAUACCUGAACGGAUCUGGUCACAUCACACAUCAAAUAGCUCUGCAUACAAGAUUCUUAAGACAUCACUUCAAGGACAAUUAAUCUACUGCAUAAACGCCAAACCUUUCAUAUAUUCAGAUUUGAUGGUGACCUUAGAGGACUUAGUUCAGAUGAUGUUUCUUCCAUGUACUGUUGCGAAAUGCGCUCACAUCUUGAACAAAUACUUAAAAAUUACGCUAUUCAGUGGAAAUUCUGAGCAGUUGGAAGUGUUGCGGGUUAAUAGACGUUGCAGGUCAAUAUACCCAGAAAACACCCUGAUGGCCAAGGUGGGAGAUAUAGCGCGGGUGAUACUACAGUUAAGGUCAUUGGUGUCCAAGGAUGAUGAACAAAUACAACAAUUAUACCAAUAUGCAGGUGUAUCGUCAAAGAGACAACGCACCUACUAAGAAUGGGCCAGUUACAGCAGAAGUCAACCCUGCUGUAGUUGGUGGUAGACAGCAGAGGCAGUGGCGUUGACAUUCCACCAUUCACUCACAGCCAUCACUUGCUUGUACCCAUUGACAACGACAAUUGGAUUAAUGCUGGUGCUGAUUCGUCUSAAUUGCUACACCCACCACACCUGCUGAUGCUUAAUACCUACCAGAACCAAAGUAACUGCCCCCAUCCUCUCACUAUAUAUGUAAAAAUUAUUAAAGCAGCAUAGUUAUUUUGUAUKUUUAUGAUCGUCAGUUCCGAUCAUCUCAUUAAUUUAAUAAAUCUUGGAGUAUUAUUAUUUUUUAUUAACUGAAUUCCUGUCAAAUUGAGGUUAUAUUGAUUGACAGUGAGAUUCAUUCUUUAUACCAAUAUAGUAUUUUAUGCUUGGGUGUUCUGUUCCUAUAAAUAGUGUGUGUACAUUAUUUAUAGUACUUACCWAAUAAAAUACACAAACUAAAAUAAUAUUUAAAUACAUGAUUUCUGUGUCAUAAGAGUAUUAUGAUUUACUAUUACAAUAACAUUGUAUAUUUAAAUGUUAUGA